AUGAAUACGACCAUCUCAGCACGAGGGGUUUCUUUUGCAGAGAAGAGGCCCUUGUUCUUCGAUGUGCUCGACAACCUGUGGCAUCCCGAGUCCAAUCCCGACGGUAUCAUAAAUCUAGGACUCGCAGAGAAUUCAUUACUACAUCCGGAACUUGUGGAUUUCAUCAACUCGCAGCGUCUGGAUAGCCCUCAUGCACUGACAUAUGGAGACGGAUUCUCCGGUUCCAAGUCGCUGCACAAAGCUCUGUGCAGAUUCUUGAAUCGGCAGUUCCGUCCCCAUGUUUUACUUGAGCCGAGUGUUAUGGUGGUCACUGCCGGAGCCAGCAAUGCGGUCGAAUGCUGUGCCUGGUCGUUGUUUGAGUCUGGAGAUUAUGUGCUCGUUGGACGCCCUUACUGGACCACUUUCCAACAUCUCUUUGGCACUCGCGCUGGCGUGAAUGUUCUAGAGGUCUCAUUUGGACUGGUCGAUCCUUUUGGCAUCGAGGCGAGUGAGCUCUACGAUCAGGCUUGCAUUCGGGCUAGAGAGGCUGGCAAGAGGGUCAAAGGGAUUCUGCUGUGCUCUCCCAAUAACCCUCUCGGGCAAUGCUACCCCCGUGACGUCCUCGAAUCAUUGAUGAAGGUUUGCAGAAAGCACCAUAUACACUUGAUAUCUGACGAGAUUUAUGGACUGUCUACCUGGAACAAUCCACAAAUGGAACACGGCGUGAGAUUCACGUCUGUUCUAUCUUUGGAGGUUGAGAAGUUCAUGGAUCCCAGUAUGGCGCACGUGGUGUGGGGAAUGAGUAAGGACUUUGGCGCAACAGGCCUGCGAAUUGGCUGUCUAAUCAGCCAGCAAAAUCCGGCGUUUCUAGCCUCCGCGGAAGGCAUAUCGCUAUUUAACUUCCCUUCCAGUUUGGCCGACAACACCGCCACAGCUCUACUCAUGAGUGACGAGUAUGUCGACAGUCUUGUUGCGCUCAACCGCCACCGUCUGGCUGAAAGCUGUCGCUUCGUGACUGAGUUUCUUCGGGCCCAUCAGAUCCCGUUCCGCGAGUCAAAUGCUGCGUUGUUCGUGUGGGUCAAUCUGGCAGCUGUAGUUCACGCUCCAUGCCGCUCUGAUGAUGAGAUUCUGGAGAGACUGCGUAGGAGAAAGGUCUACAUUACUUCGGGAAAGACCUAUGCGAGCGAGGAAGCAGGGUGGUUUCGCCUGGUCAUUGCGCAUCCACGGGAGGUAUUGGAAGAAGGACUUAGAAGGAUGACUCUCUCCUUGGAGUAA